AUGGCAUCCGAAGAUGAUCGAAGGUUGCACGAUGUUGGAGUUGCAGCUCUCGCCGCCAUCGCCCAAUAUCCUCAUUCUGUCAACGACCAGAGCCAUUCGCUUCUAGUCUCGGAGGUGGUCCAUGCGAUGACGGGGAGCUCUAUCCCGAUUCACCAGCACUCAUUCCCUCACUCGCCCCUUCUUGAAACAAUACACUCGCCUCCCGACGGUGACCCUUCCCCACCAAUGCAAUUCGACGCCAACAGCAUGCCUUCGGAAUCAGAAGCUCUUUCGCCCCUGUCACAGAGUGAUUUCGACCUGGAUAUGGAAGGCAUCGUGCAGGACCUCAUCGAGCGCACUGCAUCGUGGCCAAAUAUUGCGACAAUCAUGAACGAGAGCGACAUUGAAAAGGACAUGGUGAUGGACUAUGAUCCUUCAUUUGAAGAUCAUACGUCGCCCUCGACAACGCCCGAUGAUGACUUCGAGGACUUCAUUCGAUUUUAUCCCGACGAGGAGGAAUACUAUCGCCAGGAAAAUCUGGCAUCGUCUCCGGAGGCAACCAUGCGUGAUGUCAACUUCGAAGAAUUCUAUCAACCUGUCGACUAUGAGGCCGCAGAAGUCGGACUUCCUGAAGCGCCUGGAACUCCACCCAUGGGUCCUUUUCCUGGAGAGGAGGACCCAGAUGUACAUCCUGCGUCUAUCAUUCACACGACUACCCACGAAAGAAACCUGACCAUUGACGAAUUCAUCCAGCGAUGGAUGGUCUCAAUCAACAUAAUUCCGAAUGGAUUCCACUCCGAACACAGGGUCCCUCCCCAACUGCGGCCACUAUCCAAACUGAUGAGCUGGACUCCCCCGCCGGAUAUCCACAGGCCAGGAGACUAUGAAGAUGAGAUCUACGAUCUUCAGCAAAUUCCAUGGACGGAGACCUUGAAAGUGAAACGCAGUGAUGCUCGCGCGCUUCGCGACACGUGGUAUACAUCAUACCACAAUGUCCCAGGCAACUCACACAAUCCUAGUCUCAACCAUCUGCCGCAGGAUGAGUUGUUCUUUCGAGAAAAGUCCAUGCACACCACGCACAAAGCAACCGUCGAACACUUCCAGCUCCGAAAUCUGAUGUCUGUCCCCACCUACAACACUGUCAAUUUCUCCAGUCAUUCAAAGGUUUAUUCAUGGACCCCGGCCUUCAAUGAUCUUCGCUGCCUCAUUGACCUUUCUCGAUCGAAUCCCGAAUCUGGCUUCCUGGGGCCAGUCAAGAUUUCUAGCAUGAAGACAGCCCAUGGCCUCACGAUCGCAGGUGGCUUCUGUGGCGAAUACGCUCUCCAAAACGCAGACGCCUCGGGGUCUGGCGCGAAAGGGCUUGUGACACCCGAUCCCAGUGACGGCAUCACAAACCAUGUCGACAUCAUCCCGAGUCGAUCCAACAAAUCACCAAUAUGCGUCUUCGCCUCGAACGACCGCCAUCUUCGCACCUUGGACUGCGAGACCAAUAUCUUCCUCUCCGACCAAAAGCUCUCCCGGCCCAUAAACUGCACCGCAACUUCACCCGACAACCGUCUCCGUGUCGUCAUCGGCGAUUCCCCGGAUGCAUGGGUCAUUGAAGCCGACACCGGAAGACCCGUCCACCCGCUCCGCGGACAUAAAGACUUCGGCUUCGCCUGCGCCUGGUCACCCGAUAUGCGACAUAUUGCAACAAGCAACCAAGACAAAACAGUCAUAAUCUGGGACGCGCGAACGUGGAAAGUCCUCGAAAAGAUCGACUCCGAUGUCGCAGGGUACCGAUCCCUCCGGUUCUCACCUGUCGGCGGUGGACCUCGAACCCUCCUCUGCGCCGAGCCGGCCGACCGUAUCUCCAUUAUCGACGCGCAGCUCUACCAAUCUCGUCAAGUGCACGACUUCUUUGGCGAGAUUGGGGGCGCGGAUUUCUCGCCGGACGGCGGCUCAUUAUGGGUUGCGAACACGGAUCCGCAUUUCGGCGGCUUCUUGCAGUAUGAGCGUCGGGAGUGGGGACGGUCAUUCGGGCUGGUUGAUCUGCCUAAUGAGUGGGCUUCGGAGGCUGACCUCGAUUCUGAUGGGCGGUGUGUUCUGAGUGAGAGGGAAAGGAAGCUGCGGUUUAUGAAGAAUUUUUCUGAUGAGGAGCAUGAUAUGUUCGUGCUCUGA